CCCGACCUCACGCCCGCCGAGCGCCGCCUCAUCGAGGAAAUCGUGCGCGUCGACCAUGCCGGCGAACUCGGCGCGAACUGGAUCUACCGCGGCCAGAAGUGGGCGUGCCAGAUCCGGGGUGACCGCGCGACCGCCGCGCAAGUGGAGGGAAUGUGGGACAACGAGCGCCACCACCUCAACGUCCUGACGCGUGUGGCGGACCAGCACCGCGUGCGCCCCACCGCGCUGUAUCCCGUCUGGCAGGGGCUCGCGUGGGGCCUCGGCGCGGCGACGGCGCUCAUGGGCAAAGAGGCCGCGAUGGCGUGCACCGAGGCGGUCGAGACGGUGAUUGGGGAGCACUAUGAUGACCAGUUGCGCGCGCUCCGCCCCCUCCUGCAGAAGCCCGGCGCACACCCCUCCCUCCCCCUCCUCGCGAAGGUGCUCGAGGAGUUCCGGGACGACGAGCUCGAGCACCUCGACACGGCGGUGGAGGAGGGCGCCCUCAAGGCGCCGGGGCACAGCCUGCUGAGCGCGGUAGUUGGUGCCGCGUGCCGCGUCGGCAUCGCGGUUGCGGAGAAGGUCUAG